UCCGAGGCUGGGCGGCUCCGCUCCGCCUCUGCCCCCGCCAGCGCGCCGCGCCAGGCCCGACAGGCCGGCCCGAGGAGAGCAGCCGGGAGGGACGCGGGCAGCCAUGGCCGAAGCGGCGCCCGCCCCGGCUCCAGAGAGGGACAGGCAAACAGGAGAUGAAAGGCCUUCGACACCUUCUCCGUCACCCCAGCCCACUGCUGAGAAGAACUCAUACCUCUACUCCACGGAGAUCACACUGUGGACAGUGGUGGCCGCCAUCCAGGCCUUGGAAAAGAAGGUGGAUUCCUGCCUGGCCCGCUUGCUGACUCUGGAGGGACGGACAGGGACAGCCGAGAAGAAGCUGGCCGACUGUGAGAAGACGGCCGUGGAGUUCGGGAACCAGCUGGAGGGCAAGUGGGCCAUCCUGGGGACCCUGCUGCAGGAGUACGGGCUGUUGCAGAGGCGGCUGGAGAACAUGGAGAACCUGCUGAGAAACAGGAACUUCUGGAUCCUGCGGCUGCCUCCCAGCAGCAAGGGGGAAGCCCCCAAGGUGCCCGUGACGUUUGAUGACGUGGCUGUAUAUUUUUCCGAGCCGGAGUGGGGAAGGCUGGAUGAUUGGCAGAAGGAGCUCUACAAGCAUGUGAUGAGGGGCAACUACGAGAUGCUGGUCUCCCUGGAUUAUGCCAUCUCCAAACCUGACAUCCUCACCCGGAUGGAGAGGGGAGAAGAGCCUUGUCCUGAAGGCGCGUGGGGCCAGGAGGAAGGGAAUGAGAGAGAGGCAGCAUGCCCAAAGAGGUUGGGAGCUGGCCUCCCUCCACAUCCAGAGCACAUCCCCAGUCCAAUCAGCCGUGCCCAGGAGGAGCAAAAAGAAGGGCGGGCCCCUGACCACCAAGGAGACUCAGAAACAAGAGUAAUUCCACCUGGAACAAGCACUGGGCCCCCAGCCAGCACCAGCAUUUUGUCCUCAGUUAAACAGGAGGAAGAAUCUUCAGACGGGGAGUCACCAACCUCCCCUCCCAGGGACAUCCUGCCCGGCGUGGGGCCAGGUGGUGGUGUGGUCAUCAAGACAGAAGCACAAUCUGAGGACGAGAUGCUACCCGAGCAGCUCUUUCUGGGGGAGUCCCCGAGCCAGACCCAGUGUAGACUCCCCAGAGGGCCCAGGAGCAGGACUGGGGGCCCCAGCCGGCUUCAUGGGGGCGGAGUGCCACGGGUGCGGACAGGGGACCCUCGGUCACCAGGAGCCAUGGGAGAGCCGCCCCGCAUCCUCCCUCGCCGCCGAGAGCGGACCUUCCCCUGUCCCGACUGUGGGCAGAGCUUCCGCUUGAAGAUUAACCUGACCAUUCACCAGCGGACCCACGUGGAGGAGGAGCACAGGGAGGCCCGGGGCAGCUCGCCUACCGGGUGGGGCGAAGCCCACUCCACACUGGAGCCGGGGGAGGUGGUGGUGCCCGGCCCUGUCAUCCGCUGGCUGCCUGAGGAGCCCCAGGGCCACCGCUCCCUAGCAGGGCGUUCCUUCGUGGGGCGGAGACCAGCUGCCACCAAGGUGUACCACUGCAGCGAGUGCCUGCGCUUCUUCCCGCAGCGGAAGAGCCUGCUGCUGCACCAGCGCCUGCACACGGGCACCGGCCAGGGCUGGCCCGCCUGUCCCUACUGCGGCAAGGCCUUCCGCCGGCCCUCUGACCUCUUCCGUCACCAGCGCAUCCACACGGGCGAGCGGCCCUACCAGUGCCCGCAGUGCGGCCGGGCCUUCAACCGGAACCACCACCUGGCUGUCCACAUGCAGACUCACGCCCGAGGCCAGGUGGGCCCUCACUUUCCUGCUCCCUCUGGCCGCUCAGGGAGCCCACCUCUGCGCCGGCCCAGCCACUUCGAGGAGGGCUGACUAGGCCGGAGCCUGCGGGGCGCCCCCCUGGCAGGACCACCUCUCCACCUGCGGGGCCUUACCCCUUGUGCCUGACACUGCUUCCUCUUUCUGGGAUGGCUUUGGAGAGAUUUUUUUUUUCAUUCACAUGGGAAGCAGCAGCCUUUUUGAUGACAGAGUGUAUGUGACCAGAUGCCUCAAUUUCCUCUUUCCUAAAUUUGUCACUCUUUGCUGCCUUUUCUACAUUCCUGACUUAUAAAGGGUCCCUAAGGCUUAGGGGAUGCCAAGUUUUAGUGGAGGUCUUUGGCAGGUACCAUGAACAAUCAGUUGAGGGGACCAGAGACUGUUCCUCUUCCAGUAGGGAGCGAUAGAGCCAUUGAGGGCCUGAGGUUUUGAUUUUGUACAGAGAGGUGCCUGCUGUCAACAUGAGAAAGAGCAGGGUGGACGGACAGCCUCAAGAAUAGGCACUGGAAAUUUGAGUUGUCUACUUUAUUUUGAAACUUUUUUUUCUCCUUAUGGAGCUUUUCUAGU